AUGUCUAAGUUUUUGGCACGAGCGAGUAAUUUCAGUGAUACAUCGAUUAAUUGGGCCAAAGAUGAGUUAAAAAUUCCUUUUAAUGGGAAGGAUCAUAUUAUUCCUGUAACUAUGCACAAUGUCAAGAAUAAUCUUGAAGUAAAUUGCACUACCGCAUCUCAGAAUGAUAAGUCUUUGGUAUCCGAUCAAAUUUCUCAAGAGGUCGAUAGUAAUGAGGAUGGCAGUAAUAUAUCAUUUAAUGAGUGGUGUGCUCCUGCGGGUUUUGGCUCAGAUUCUGACGAUUUGACUUUAAAAAAAAACGCAUGA